UGCUGCUUGUGCGAGCCAGUCUUCCCCGAUGUGGAGUCUUCACACCAAUGGCACACGACCGUUGAAGUGAGUCGAAGUGGAUUGUUGCAAGACUUAUCACGUUGCAAGUGAUUUGCCUCGUCGGCAGCAUGCGCCGUUUGCCCUUGCCUGCCAAAGAGCUUGUGCCGUCAUCAACGGUCGCGCUAGCUCGCAGCCCGCCCACAAAGCUUUCGACUUUCUUCCCACAACAACUUCAUCCACCUUCUGGGAUAUUCUUCUUUGCGACGCUGCGUCUUCCGUCAAGAUGGACGCCAACGAGCUGGCGCUGAUGCUCGCUGAUCUCGACAACUCGCGCCGAGACGGCCUGUCCGCCCCAGACGAGGCCCAGGCGCGCCGCGGAGGCUCCUACAACCGCGACUUCGAGAAGGCGCAGUACGUCGAGCAAGAGAACGCAAGCCGUCAAGCGAGACUUGCCGGCUCUCCCACCAACGCCAUUCAUGCCCACCUUCAAGCCUGGAACAAUGCGUCGAGCUUUGGCAAAGACGAGACUGCCGAGCUGACCACGAAUUGGGCCGAUGGGCAAGGCCAUCGCCUUAUGCUCGCGCAAAAGAUGGGUGAUAACGGGCACGGGGCGCAUAUGGGCUCAUACCAGCACGAACGUCGUCCUCGCAUCCAACAGGUAGAGCUGCCGCGCCCUGUUCGUGAUCCGAAUCGUCAGCGCGCUCCUUCGCCGCGCAGCGGAGGCGUGACUCGCUGGGUCAAUGGCGUUGCUGUCAAGAGCACCACUCCUGUCGCACCAUCGCGUGCUGCUCAGAAGCCUAUGGCACCUCCAAUCUCGAGCGCCCCUUCAUUCGCGCCAUCUCCAGUACACAGGCCGCUGGCUCGCGCGAUCUCGCGUGCCUCCCCGAUCCCACCGCCAUCUCCAGCACCGAAGCCCGCUACGCGCUCGCUCGUCAGCACUACAUCAGCCUCAAGCACUCCUCCGAUCUCGAGAGCUCCAUCAGUCGCGCCACCUGCACCUCAGCCUGCGGUGCGCGCACCGCUCAGCCCGGAGGCAGCCUCGCCACUCGCUGCACCACGCCCAGUGGCACGCUCUGCCGGGUUCUCUCCUGUGGUCGCCAACAAGCCUCUGCAGACACAGAAGGCCAGAGAGCCGGCUUUCACGGAAGCUUCGCUCAACAUCGAGAGCGUUUCCAGCUUGUCCUCCAACACCCCGAAAGUGAGAGAAUCAGUCACCACGAACGGGGAUAUCAAGAAGAGUGAAUCGCUUCCGAGUCCACCCGACUCCGCCGAGCGUCCACGUCGCAAAUCCUUCACCGAGACUGCCCUCGAUGCUCUUCAGACGGUUGGGACGGCUGUGAAGGCUGUAUUUAACGGGAUCCUCGAUGUGAACUACUACGACGGCGAGGGUACUCAUCGCGGGUACCGCCGCAUAGAGGUCGCUGCUCCGCUGAGAGUUAACGUCGACGUUCGGGCGAAGGGCGAGUACGACCCACUUCAGAUGGCCGCGGAGAUGGAGGCUUUGGCGAAGUACUUGAUCCGCAACUUCUAAGCUAGAGAGAUAAGCUGGGGAGAGAAAAUGAAAUGUGUUGCUUCGGCAAUGCCAGAGAGAUGGACAGAGAUUGCAACAGUCUUCUUAUCGUUCAUGGAGGCAGUGGUGGUG